AUGUUCAGUGCUGCAAACCGUAGCAGCAAGACUACUUGCAGAUUUUUCAGCCUGAAAAUUAAUUCAUUCAGAAAGAUGGAAAGAGACGAGUUAAGGAAGCAGCCGUGGCACAAACUUUUAACCCUUCCAGAAAUGUAUUUUAGGAGAAAUGUUAAGUACUUACUCCUGUAUGAUCUCCCCUCCAAGAGGCUCUCGCACAGUCAUCUUUAUUUGAACACAGGACUUCUCAAAAUUCCUGUGAGGCAAGAAAUAAUAUUUCUUUGCUGCUCUCUAUUGAACAGCAGCCCUUCCCUCUUAACUGUUUGUCUAAUUAGAAGAAUAUUUAUGAUACUCUGUUACAUUUGGAAAGUCACCACUGUAGCCAUAUGA